AUGUCGGCCCCGAGAGAUGGAGACCCGGCGUUGAGCGCGGCGGGGGAGGCCAGAGCCAGCGAUGAGGUGGAGCGCGACUCCGGGCCCAGUGGGGGCGACACGGCCCCGGGCCCUGGGGCAGCGGGAGUCGCAGGGGCGGCGGGAGGCCCAGGGGCGGUGGCCCUGGAGGGCGGGAGCGCUGAGGAGGACAUCGGGCCGGCCGAGGAGGAGGGGGAGGGAGAGGAGGGUCUGGACAUGGCCGUGGACGCGCACCAGUUCCCCAUGGCGGGCUUCCGCCUCAUGUUCCUGGAUCUGGUGCACUCCCUGCUGCACCGCAUCUACUACAACGACCACAUCCUCAUCCGGCCUCACGGCGGCCGCGUGAUGGUGCACCCGCGGCCUCGCUCGCCCGGCAGCAUGGCCCUGGAGCUCCAGGGGCCUGAGAGGCCGGAAGAGGGGCCCGCGGAGGCCGAGGCCACGGAGGAGGCGGAGGAGGAGGCCUCAGCCUGGGAGGCCGCCCAGGAAGAGCUGGCCGAAGAGGCCCAGGACACGGCCAGCGUGUGGCAGCUGGCCAUGGAGGCCCCUGCCCCUGACAGUGAGCGGCGGGAGGAGGCGGAGGAGGAGGCCUCAGCCUGGGAGGCCGCCCAGGAAGAGCUGGCUGAAGAGGCCCAGGACACGGCCAGCGUGUGGCAGCUGGCCAUGGAGGCCCCUGCCCCUGACGGUGAGCGGCGGGAGGAGGCGGAGGAGGAGGCCUCAGCCUGGGAGGCCGCCCAGGAAGAGCUGGCCGAAGAGGCCCAGGACACGGCCAGCGUGUGGCAGCUGGCCAUGGAGGCCCCUGCCCCUGACGGUGAGCGGCGGGUGAAGGGGCAAAAGAGGAGUCCCCACCACAGGUGGCGUCCCCUGCCGCCGACGGUGAGCGGCCGCCGGAGCCUGUGGGAACUGAAGGCCACAGGGGCCCAGGGGGAGCCCAGCCCCCUAAGGGCCUUCACGGGUUCGGGGGAACCUGCUGCCCUCUGCCAGCCCCGACAGGGUUCUGAGAUUAUCCGUGCCACUCAUGAGCCCACAGGUCAAUACUACUGGGUAUCACUACUUGAUGAACUGGGAUUUUUCUUCCUGUGUCUGAUCUCAAAAUCUGUAUUCUUCUUCUUCACCCAAGAAACAACAAAAUAUCAGAAUGGGAAAUCCAAUGAAGAGGCCCAAGGUGCUGAAUCUGAAACAGAAAAAGGGAAGUUUAACAAAAACCAAGAAGAACCCGAAAAGAAUCUGGGCCCAGCCGAGGGCAGGCCCUGAAGACCCAGAGCCAGGAGCCCAGCCCACGGGAACAAGAGUGUGCCCUUGCUAGCCCAUGCCCCAGGGGCCCGGCACCCCUGA